UCACCGCUACGAUCGUGGAGCAGGUAUGCUCCCAUGUGGUCGUUUUGACGAUUGACGAUUGUGGAGAUGUGAACCCAUUUCUGGUGUUCGUCGUAGAUCGCCGGUCGUUUCUCGGAAAUCCAUAAGUCGAACGUGCUGGUGGAGGUUCUUGCAUUGGCCCCGUCUGCCUCGACAACCCUCUCCCGUCGUGCUUCCACACUCGCUACAACUACGUGCGCGACCUCGCAAGCGGCGUGCAUCUCGUAAGUUACGUCUGCCAAACAGUACCCUAGAUACACUCCCUAAAUGGAUCCUUCCUUCCUCAGAGCAUUCGCGAACUGCACCAGCCACGGCGCCUGCGUCCCCAAAACAGACGCAAAUAACGUCACAUGCUACACCUGCUCAUGCAACAAAAAGUGGACCGACGACAACGGAAAGGCCGUGAAGGGCUUUUCGGGCCCUGUCACGUGGACCGGCGACUCGUGCCAGUACCAGGACAUCUCGGUCUCGUUCCAGAUCAUAUUCUGGUCCAGUGUUUCGUUGAUUGUUACGCUUAUGUGAGUCGAGCGGGUUAAGUUUUCCUUGGAAAUGUCACUGGUUUGCUGAUGGCUCGUUAUGUACUCUUUCUUUUUCCUUUCGAAUAGCUUCGUGGUGGGCUUGAUCGCCA